CCACUUAGACGAUCAAGUGUCAUCUAUGGAGAUGAAAGAAGCCAUCCACAUCCAGGCGAUAGAGGGUGCAUGUGCGCAGCUCUGCGCUCUUGUCACACGCCCUGAUCGUCCCAUGCUCAACAGAAUUUUCGGCGUAAGUGGGUCCGCUCACAACCAAAUUGGUCUAGUAUAGGCUUUCAAAUAACCCAAUUGACAUCCGGCAAUUGUAAACACAUAAAAGUUUAGAAUAUCCCGUAGUACAGAGACAUCGCCUUUCUCUCGCAGCAUGGGCACUCAAUCGGACGUAAUGUUUCGCAUUCCUAACACUCUCACCUACUGGCCUUGGCCUCGCAGGAUCAAUCCUCAUUAUGAGGAUGCUAAAGCGGCAUCGGAAGCCUGGCUCCGCUCUUUCAAAAUGUUUGGGUCAGAAACUCAGAGUGCCUUUGAUCACUGCGCCUUCAGUUUAUUGGCUUCAUUGGUAUACCCAACAGCGACCAAAGAGCAUCUUCGCACCGGAUGUGAUUUCAUGAAUUUUGUUUUCGUUUUCGACGAGUAUACAGACAACGCCUCUCCCAGCAUCGUCCGUGAAUAUGCAGAUAUUGUAAUGGAUGCCAUCAGAAACCCACUUAAACCACGGCCUGACGGUGAGGUGGUUCUUGGGGUCAUUGCACAAGAGUUUUGGGCACUUGGCAUCAAAUCGGCCAGUCGAACUUCUCAGAAGCACUUCGUUGAAAGCUUUGAACGCUAUACAGAUUCUGUCGUCCAACAAGCAGAGGAUCGUCACCAGCGUCACAUUCGAAACGUUGAUGAUUACUUCCGUGUUCGUCGCCUCACCGCCGGUGUUGAAUCGUCCUAUGCAGUACUAGAGCUAGGCUAUGACUUGCCUGACGAGAUGUUCUACCAUCCAACCAUUGUUGCUCUGCGUUGUCUGAGUUGUGAUAUGAUAAUCAUGGAUAAUGACCUUGCUUCGUAUAAUAAGGAGCAGGCAUUAGAAGAAUUUCCCCAUAACAUUCUUGUUUGUGUCGUGAACGAGCUGAAAUGCGACAUUCAUGCUGCGAUCUCAUGGGUGGAAGACCUUUAUCGAUCAACGAGGAACAAAUUUCUGAUGUCGUGGACCGAGAUACCGUCGUGGGGACCAGAGAUUGAUGCUAUUGCAUCUCUCUACCUGCACGGCAUCGCAAACUGGGUCCGUGGUAAUGAGACUUGGAAUUUCGAGGGCAGCCGGUACUUUGGAUCCAACGGCAGAGCCAUUCAGCAGCAUAGGAUGGUCACUCUCAUGCCCAAGCAGCUUUCAGCGAGCGAGCCGCUUCUCAUACAUACGUACCAAUCCUAGUUGUUGAUUAUUUCAUCAUAUGAAAGUCAUUGCACUGUAUAGUUGCUGGAAUGUUAGUCAGCAACCAGGAUUGCGAACGCGUAGUGGUGUUCUCCUCUGUAUUUGGGCGGGUCGACUACUACCUGUGUUGCACACCAUAGGCAGUCAAUGAUAUCAGUGUAUCUUACUUCCGUUGGAGAAAAUUCAACUAAUAGAGCUUCGCUCCGAGUGCAAAGACGCCGGGUGAAAGACGUUUGCUACGCUAGGGUUACAAAGUUA